AUGGACGAUUCAGAUGGAGAGCGGUCAGACAGUGGAGGCUCGACUGCGCUGGAUUCAGAGUUUGACGUUGUCGAUAAUGAAUCCAUGUCGGGUACGAUCGACAGUCAACGGAAUCAAAUGGAACGACAAUUCGAGAAGAAGAACGGCACAAGCGAUUCGUGUUUAAAUGGUCGCCUCAACGGACCAAAGGUUGGUACCCUUCAUUUCAAUGGUGAAGACGAACAGAAAGCUCGUUUGAAAGGUACUCGGUAG